AUAGAUCUGGAAUAAAUUCUUAAUGGGCUUUUAGGAAGGGAUAGGCCAUGGCUAGCAUGUAAUAUGCUCCACCCAAAUCGAAUCUUUUGGGUUUUUUUUUAUUAUUAUUUUUUAUUAAUUUGAUAAACGAAUCUUGGAUUUUAUGAUUUUCAUGCCCUGAAGUUGAACCCAAUGAGCAAAAGAAGACGCAAAGAGUUAAGGAGAAAGGGAAGAUGGGAGUAACAAAGGAUCAAGUUGAAUCUUCAUUGAAUUCAAAAUUGAAGCCUUCUCAUCUGGAAGUAAUUGAUACAUCUGGCGGGUGUGGUGCAAGUUUUGCAAUUGAGAUUGUAUCCGAACAAUUCAUAGGGAAGAGGCUUCUGGAGAGACACCGGAUAGUGAAUGCGGCUCUUGAAGAAGAGAUGAGGCAAAUCCAUGCUCUUUCAAUAAAGAAAGCUCUCACCCCCGAGCAGUGGAAACAACAAGAAGAGUCAGAAAAAUCUAAAUCACAUGCUUAGAAAGAUACUCAAGUAAUUCAGACAUUUAAAUAAGAGUUCAUGUGGCCACUUGAGAAUUAACUUUUGAUCUCAGAUAACCACUUGAGAAUUGGCUACUUUUCAAGAGUUGUUUUAGAAUGUUACUCUAUAAUUGUAAUAACCUUUACAUGGGGGCGUUAGAUGCAUAGCUUGCUGGGGAUGCCUGGAAAACCAUAUACUUGACUAGCUAAAAGAAUGGAAAAGUAAACUAAUGUCAAGAUGGGAGAUUGAUAUGUUCAAAGAGUUGAAAGGAGUUGGCCAAAAACAAUUGCAGUGCCAAUUCUACCUUUAGAUUUUGCCCCUCAUCCAAUCUUAUCAUCGAAUUUGAGCAUUUAAGGAAAU